CGUCAAAUCGUAAACUUGCAUGCCUGCUUGCGUCGGCCUUUAUAAUUUUAGGAUAGGUUGCCGGUGAAAAUAUUUUAACCAUCCCUCUAAUUUAAAGUAUCCAUAGCAUAUAUGUGUUGUUUGUAAGAAAUCAAUAAUAAAAAAUCCAGUCCAAGAUGACUGCGGACGUGCAAAGCAAGGCAAAAAUGCCGCAUCUAUCUUCCGAUAAACAACUUACAUUUAUAAAAUUAGCUGUUUUAUCAAUGGCAGCGAUAUUAUCGUUCGCAACGCGUUUGUUUUCGGUGUUACGGUUUGAAAGCGUUAUCCACGAGUUCGACCCAUACUUUAACUAUAGAACAACUAGAUAUCUAACUGAAGAAGGAUUUUAUAAUUUCCACAACUGGUUUGAUGAUAGAGCAUGGUAUCCACUAGGAAGAAUUAUUGGUGGAACCAUCUACCCUGGCCUGAUGGUGACAUCAGCUACACUAUACAACAUUAUGCAAUUUCUGAAUAUCACCAUAGAUAUUCGAAACGUCUGUGUGUUUCUCGCACCAUUCUUUUCUUCACUAACAACCAUUGUGACGUACUUGUUGACUAAGGAACUUAAGGGAGAAGGUGCAGGUCUUGUAGCGGCGUCUAUGAUAGCCAUAGUGCCUGGGUAUAUCAGUCGUUCCGUCGCUGGCAGUUACGACAAUGAAGGAAUUGCCAUUUUCUGCAUGUUGUUAACAUACUACUUUUGGAUCAAGGCUGUCAAUACGGGAACUAUCUUGUGGGCUACAAUGACGGCUCUUGCUUAUUUCUACAUGGUAUCAUCAUGGGGAGGUUACGUGUUCCUAAUCAACCUGAUACCGCUCCACGUGCUCGCGCUCAUACUGCUCGGCCGCUUCUCUGCACGAGUAUACGUAGCGUACAGCACGCUGUACUGCGUGGGCACGAUACUGUCCAUGCAGAUAUCGUUCGUUGGAUUCCAACCGGUGCAGAGCUCGGAGCAUAUGUUGGCUCUAGGCACGUUCGGUCUAUGCCAGCUAUACGCGUUCACGGACUACCUGCGUUCUCGCCUGUCUCCGCAGAACUUUGAAGUGCUGUUCAAGGCUCUGCUCACUACUUUGCUCGCUACUUUGGGCACUGCUGUCGUUGUGUUGACUGUGACUGGUAAAAUUUCACCAUGGACUGGAAGGUUCUAUUCGCUGCUGGACCCUUCGUACGCUAAGAAUCACAUUCCUAUUAUUGCCUCGGUAAGCGAGCACCAGCCCACAUCGUGGUCCUCGUUCUACUUCGACCUGCAAGUGCUUGUGUUCCUGUUCCCCGCAGGACUGUACUUCUGUUUCACAAGGCUCACCGACGCCAAUAUAUUCAUUAUUCUGUAUGGUGUGCUGAGUAUUUAUUUUGCGGGUGUUAUGGUUCGUCUUAUGCUGGUCCUAGCUCCUGUGAUGUGUAUAGUCUCUGGUAUAGCCGCUUCGAGUUUGUUGAGCCUUCACGUUAAGGACAUAGAGCCUAAAGUCGAAAAGCACGAUAAGAAGAAGAAGCAUGAAAACAAUUUGGUGUUCAGGUCUGAGGUCGGAGGCGUGUUUGUAUGCGUGCUCGGUUGUCUGCUCGUAUCCUACGUGUUCCACUGCACGUGGGUGACGUCAGAAGCAUACUCCUCACCUUCUAUAGUGCUGUCUGCGCGUGCGCAUGAUGGGGCUAGAAUUAUCUUUGAUGACUUUAGAGAGGCGUACACUUGGCUCAAGAUGAAUACCCCGCAGGACGCAAAAGUGAUGUCCUGGUGGGACUACGGCUACCAGAUAACAGCGAUGGCGAACAGAACGGUCAUAGUCGACAAUAAUACUUGGAACAACACGCAUAUAUCCCGAGUGGGCCAGGCUAUGGCGUCUACAGAAGAAAAGGCGUAUGAAAUCAUGCAAGAAUUAGAUGUGGAUUACGUUCUGGUCAUAUUUGGCGGUCUGGUCGGAUAUUCUUCGGAUGAUAUCAACAAGUUCCUAUGGAUGGUGCGUAUCGGCGGUAGUACCCCCCGCGGCGCGCACAUCCGCGAGGCUGACUACUACACACCGAGCGGGGAGUUCAGAGUGGACGGAGACGGGUCGCACACACUACUCAACUGCCUCAUGUACAAGAUGAGCUAUUAUAAGUUUGGCCUCGUUUAUACGGAGGGUGGUCGGCCACCAGGCUUCGACCGAGUGCGUGGUGCUGAAAUCGGCAACAAAGAUUUCAACCUAGAAGUACUAGAAGAAGCAUAUACAACAGAACAUUGGCUUGUCCGUAUCUACAAAGUGAAGCCUUUACCUAACCGUGGUGUUUGAUUAAAAAAUAUUCGAUCAAGCCCAAUGUAUACGUUAUAAUAUCUGUUCUAGUUCAAAAUUGUCGCAAAUUUAUUUAUUUCAUAUAUGAGAUUUUGUAGAAAAAAAUUAAUUCAGUUUUUUUAAGUAUAUCUGUACUAGUAUUUUUAGUGUUCAAAUAGUUUGUUAGGGUCUUGAUCGUUAGAAAAUUGUUACCUAAAUUGGUAUCAAUAGUGUUACCUUUAACAUUGCUAGAGAAAAUGUCUAAAUUUUAUUUUAUUAACCAUUAAAAUUAUUUUUAUUUUGUAUGUAUAAGUCUAGUGAUGUUGAAAAAAUGUUCGAAGCAUUCCAGACUCCGGUAGUAAAAUGGAGGCAUCUGGAAAUUUAUUUAAUAUUUGUAGCUCUCUUAAAGCUAAAUUUUGUCACAAAAAUGUCACUAAAAUAGCCUUUAUACUCUAUGAAAUAAAGGUCUAAGUAAAUAUAAGAUUUUAUCGCAAUCAUAAAUCUAGUGUUCGAAAUUUUAAUGAAAUGAAAUCGACUGCGCACAAAAAUUAGACGAUUAGGGCAUAUUGUAGGUGCAAAUUAUGGCAAUGUUUUAUUUUUUAUUUUUUUAUUGAACGAUAAUCGACAAUAGAAUAUUGAUUUGUUUGAAGUUAUAGAAAUAAAUUGUAUUUACUGUCACGUUUUAUGAAUCGUAUGUAUGAUAGCUAGGAAGUGUUGUAAAAAUUCAUUUUCUAUUUGAAAUAAAAUUAUUAUUAAUAA